UAUCCAAAUCCAAGCGGAGGAAAAACCGAUCUGAACUUAUUAAACCCUAACGAGAGAAAGCUUCGAGUGUUCAGGAAGAGAAAAGAAAAAGGCGAGAUUUGAACUUGGCAGAGAAUUUCUUGCUUUAAGGCCGAUGAAGCAUGCGGUAAAGAUCUUGAGCCUCUUGGUGGCUAUAUCUGCCUGCUGGAUCAGCCUAUUACAGGCUGCAAUUAUUCCCCGAAGCCAUACGUGGUUGCUGCCAAUCUACUUCAUAGUCUCCCUCGGAUGCUAUGGUCUAUUAAUGGUUGGAAUGGGUCUGAUGCAGUUUCCUACUUGUCCCCAAGAAGCGGUUCUCUUGCAGCAGGAUAUAGCAGAGGCUAAAGACUUCCUAAAGCACAAAGGGGUGGAUAUUGGAUCGGAUUGACAAGUUCCUGUAUACUUUUCCCCCCGGAAUUCACUCGUUUAACGGUUAAUCUCUCUUCUAACCAGUUUGGUAGCUUGUAAGAACAACCCAUAAUCUGUUUCCUUUGUCUAUGACAAAGAUUUAUGUCUAUCUGCAGUUUCAUUGUUCUUGGUGUUGGCCCCUCUUCUUUCUUCUGUGGUUUCUUGGUUGACAAGAAAGAUGUUGGCUUCAUUGUGACAUCUAGAAACGCAUCUCUUGCAAAGAGUAAAGGGGCAUAGAGCCGGAAAAGAUGUCGGCAUCAGCACAAUGUACUCUUGAAUUUUAUUUUUUUUUACAAUAUUUUACAAUUGAAAAUAUGUGUUGAAACCCACUAAUUCGUAAUUAAAUAACAAAUUAGUAAAAUUCAAAGUU